AUGGCAAGCAAUAUGAAUUUGGAUAAUACGACACCCUCGGUCAAUGAGCUUCGAGAAAUUAUUCGCCUGAUCCAAUGCAGGCUGUGCUCCCGCUUGUUGAAAUCCCCCGUGAGGCUACCUUGCCAGGAGACCGUCUGUCAAGGAUGUUUACCUCCCUCUCAUACCAGGAAGCAUAUCACUUAUCCCAUUGACAAAGAGCGAGAGCAAGGCUUUUACUGUACACUCAAGAAAACUGGUGGCCUGGAGACAAACCCAAUGGAAUGUAGGGCAGAGCAUUCGUUGGCUGAUUGCGGUCUUGUUGUGGCCCUAGACAAAGUCAUCGAGAACAUUGCGGGACGAAUGAAUAAACUGUUCUUAAGCAACACCGUUUCAAGCCAUGAUACGGCAUUUACAUUCGAAACCGUUGACCCUACAAGUCUGGGGCUGAAACUUGACGAUCAAGCCCUGCCGCUGUCCUCUGCCAACGGGAGCACGUUUGCUGCAAUGUACAGACUCGCAGGGCAGGGCCAAUUACCAUAUGAUGCAAAUAUCACGUAUGUCUCCCAGGUUGAACCCGUCUCGUCGCUGGACCAGUUCGAGUUGGAGGUUUUCCGGGACGUGCAGCGAUCUAUUAAAAAUGAGCUGGACUGUCACAUAUGCUUGGCCCUCAUGGUUGACCCGUGUACGACUCCAUGCGGUCAUAGCUUCUGUCGCCUGUGCCUGGCGCGAAUACUGAACCAUUCAGACCUGUGCCCUGUUUGUCGCAGGAAGCUAUCUGGCUAUUUACAUUCAAGCCCAGUGAACUUGCGUCUUGACGGGCUAAUCUCAUCUUUCUUCCCUGAGCAGUUAGCAGAACGGAAAGAAGCAUUGAAGGUAGACGGAAACGGAGAACUUGAUGAGACAAAUGUGCCGCUGUUUAUCUGCACCCUUGCUUACCCAUCUACACGAACUUUCCUCUAUGUGUUCGAGCCUCGGUACCGACUGAUGAUUCGCCGUGUUAUGGAGAGUGGAAAUCGCAGGUUUGGCAUAGUGGCGCCAAAGAGUACGGCAUCAACGCAAGAAGAUAUCGCAGAUGAAGCACCGUUUAUGGAAUAUGGGACAGUGGUUGAAAUAGAUCGGUUUAGCCCACUUCCGGAUGGAAGAUGUAUCAUACGCUCUACGGGUAAGUAUCGAUUCAAGGUGCUGGAAAGCACCGUCGUUGAUGGCUAUGCCGUGGGAAAGGUAGAACGCGUUGAAGACGUGUCGAUCGCACAAGAAGAAGCCUAUGAGGCAUCCGAGACUGGGCUGCCAGUGCCCGUGGAGCAUGACCCCAAAGACGAAAUUGACCGUCUCUCCACCCAUCGAUUAUUCCAAAUUGGAUUAACGUAUGUUGCUAAAUGCCGGGCAAGCAAAGCAACCUGGCUUGAUGAUCGAAUUUACAAGUUAUAUGGACCACCUCCGCCGGAUUUGCGAACUUUUUCUUACUGGUUUGCCAACGUUCUCCCGAGACCUGAGGAUGAUCGAUAUAGCCUUCUUCCAGUUACUACUGCGAGAGACAGACUCAAGAUUAUUACCAGGUGGAUCAAAAAGCUCGAAUCUGGAGAAUGGGCCUUAAAGUCUCCUUACACUAUUCCCCGGGCCGAUCUCUUCCUUUCCGCUUUUCGCCCCGUAUCUUCAUCCCUUGUAGCGACUCUGCAAGUAGUUCUUGGCACUCUCUUCGUCCCUGUCUUGCUGCUUUUGAUCUACAAAUUUGCCACUAAAGGGAGCGACUCUUUCCCCGGUCCUUCUAGCAUUUCGUUUUCUAUUCUACCCUUUGCUUUUUCCUUUACUUAUACCUACCAAUCUUCUUCUCCACCCUCAGCUGCCCAGGAAGGACAACAACACCAUUCACGAGCUCAGCAUUGUAUGAACCAGGGCCGAGGCUUUGUUAAUCCCAGUUUUAUGGAUAGAGAGUACAUCUCUAAGACGGUUGUGUUAGGGGCUAUAUUUGUUUUGUGCAUUUCUAGGGUUGUCAGGCGCGUCGUGGAGGUCGUCAGGCUCGAAAGAGAUAGGGCGGAGAGGCUACAGAGACGGGAGGCCCGCUUGGGAUCCCUCUUAAAUGAGGCUACCGCUGGUCGCCCGAUCACCUUUGGUGAUACCAUCCAUGGGCAGAAUCCCGCCGGCCGUUCGGAGACGACGCAGAUGACUAGUUAG